AUGGUUGUCACGGGAAAAUAUAUUAUAGAUGGUUAUUCGAUUACCGACAACUCGGCCGUUAAUUUACUCCAAGUUCAUGAACUGAGACGCCUUCUAGUUACCCUAUAUGUGAAAUGCAUAGUGUACUAUGCUCUUGCGUCGAACAAGUUGCAGAAUUGGUUAGCCAAUGAAACUGUGCGCAGCACUCUAGAGCCGAUUGUGGCCAAUCCUCGGUACGCAGAUGUCGAUCACCUGUUUUGCUCUACAAAUGAUGAAGACUUCGAUAUGAACGAAAUGGGAAUUUCACGGUCGAGCUUCUCAGAAUGGUAUUCCAUGUGGAUCACACACUGCUUGAAUAAGAGAUCAGAACGGAAUGCUGGCGAAGAAUUAAGCACGGAGUACGUCACUUGUCUCUGCUUUGUACUGUCACUUCUUGGUCGUCGAGCCCUUGGUGCAGCAUCCUACAAUCGCCACUCGAAUGCUGCUGAAUCGUUCCUUUGUGGUCUUCACGCGUUGUUCAAGGGAGACUUUAGAAUAACGUGUCAGCGCGACGAGUGGGUGUUUGCGGACAUGGACCUGCUGAGAUGUGUGAUUUCACCGGCUGUUAAAAUGGCCUUGAAGUUGCAUCAGGAUCAUUUCGCUGCACCAGACGAUUUUGAUGAUCCAGAGUCCUUGUAUGAUCUUAUCGCCGAUCAUCAAACCAAGUUGUUCAUCUCACACGAGCACGAUCCAGCGUGGCGUCGAGCUAUAAUUGCUAAUACACCUUCCUUACUAGCGCUUCGUCACAUGUACGAUGAAGGGCAGGAUGAUUAUAAGAUUAUCAUGCUCAACAGGAUGCAUUUGAACAUGAGGUUCGUUCGAGAGCAUGUAAUUU